CGGGAUAGCCUGUAUGGGACAUCGCGCGUCCAAGGAAGUCGAAUGCGACUUGAACAUGGAGCGACUCGAAGAAAUCCGCAUGCUCACACAGCUGCCCAUUCCGGAAAUUAUCAAGAUGCGUCUGCAAUUCUUGAAGUGGAGUCCAAACGACGAGAUGACGCAAGAGCAAUUCUUCGCCAUUCCAGGUGUGGCAGUGAAUCCCUUGCGAAAUCGACUCUUUGAACUGUUCGAGCUUUCGCCAACGCACACGGUCUCUUUCCAGGAUUUUGCGACCUUGAUGGCCGUGUUCACGUACCACAGCUCGCGCGACAACAAACUGCGAAUGUCGUUUAAACUUCAAGACAUGGACGGCGACGGGAAGAUUUCGAAAGCCGACUUAGUCUCCUACAUGAAACUCGUCGUGAACUUUGGCGGCGUCCCAGAUCCAGAUGAGCUCGACAAGAAACUCGAUAUGUUGGCAACGAGAACGCUCGAGGAAGCGUCGACGGAUGCAUCGGGAGACUUCCUCUCGUAUGAUGAUUUUGCCAAGGUCGUAAUGACGACCGACGACUUUGAGACCAAACUCUUGUUUGACCUCGCCUGACGCCGGCCACGAAGAUCAUGGCGACACUUGAAUGUAUACUUCGUCCACUUAGCCCAAUCCCGUGGAAAGAAAUUCGAGGAAAACGAUGAUGCAGGCAUUUCCAACGAAUUUUCUCGAUAAUAAACCUCGAAAUGCGUACUA